ACGACGACCACGACACGUAGAAUCCCAGCAUAUACUUCGUGCUGUAAGAAAGCUUGACAAUAUAUCAUUUGCGCGUCCAAGUUGAAAAGUUUCUUAACCUUCACGUAUAUAAUUCACAUUAAUAAUGCGAACGUUUACAGGCGAUAUUAUCCCCUUCUGCUGAGGAGUGUUAUAUAUUAUGUGUUACACGUACAAGCUACUUUCUUUGGAACGAGAAUGAAGUUAAUGUGAAAAGAGGGGUUAUCCUUCACUCGACUGACCAUUCGUUUGAUUGAAAAAAAUGCCAGGUUGCGCGGCUGUCGGUUGCAAUAAUCGCAGUGAAAAGGGUUACAUCAUGAAAUGUUUCCCUCGCGAUCCAAAGUUGAGAAAAAUCUGGCAGGAUCGCGUCGCCAGGGCCGAUUGGGAACCAUCUAACAAUUCCUUUCUUUGUCACGUACAUUUUGAACCUGAGGAGUGGUCUAUAACCCAAAAUGGUAGAAUCAGACUGAAGAAAAAUGCCAUCCCGUCUAUUUUUACCGUAACGUCAACCAGAAAGUCUGCCAAGAAGCGCAUCAAGUUAGCAAAUAUCAAAAGUGAGAACGAAUAUGAAAAUGUUUACAUGACCGAGUCUUUGGAAAAUGAUACCGAACAUUCGUCAAUUGGCCACCUGGAAGAAAAAGAUUCCGACUCGCAGGACAUUGAUAAUCCAUCUGUACGGUCGUUUGCGUAUCAGCAGGCAAAUCGUUCAAGUCCAAAAAAGAUAGACGACAAACAGGUAUUUCAUGGGCAAUACAUCGAUAUUACGAAUAAUCUUCAACAGGAAAACAUUGUAAUUUCAGAUGAUAAUAAUAUGGAGACAGAGAGUAAUGCCAAAGAAAACGAACUUGAAAAGUGGUCGCAAACAAGUGCGGAGAAUAAAGUAUCUGUUAGUAAUUUCAUAGCAAAGAGAAAUUCAACUGAUAACCAGAAUGAGGAUGUUGCUGUAAAAACGGAAAUUAAACAGGACAUUGAUCAAAUUGUCGACGAUGGUUACGACGAGAUAGAGGAGAAAUUAAAACAAAUUUGUGACGGUCACCGUGAAGAGAGGAAUAUAUCUAAUGUGGAGAAACUAAAUUCAAUUUCUCGGAAUUGGAAAGGAACUUUAGAGAAGUCGCUAACGCAGUUGCCGUUUCACAAAAGUAUAAAUUAUAAAUAUUCGCCGAGGAAUGAAAUUGGAGAUAUACUUUCCGACAACAGAGACAAUAUCGAGAUCAUCUUUGGCAGCGAAAGCGGAGAAGAAUUUGCACGAGUUCCUAGAUAUACAUUUUAUAACAGUGGGACUAAUGAGAUUGAUAAACGGCAGGAACAGCAUAUCACAAAUGUCGAUAGCGUCGAUAGUAUUACUAAUAAUAAAGAGGUUAAUGAAACUUGUCUCGACUAUGUACAAGUCUCCAGCAGAGAGAAUUUACACGGUGCGGCAAACGUGAGGAGUGCUUUAAAGAAAGCUUGUAAACAAAGAACUCGAGAGGAAAUUAUCAACUCUAUAAAAAGGUCCGUUCAAAAUGCAUCUCUCCAGGAUACAAAUUCUAUAAAUAACAGCGAUACCUCGGACAUCGUGGAAAUAGAAAACGAAGUAAAAAAGGAACUGAAUCUGCCUGAAAUUAGGCGAUACAAUAAAGACGAUGCCACAUUAGACACGAAAAAAUUUACAGUCAAAGUUACAGGCGAUCGCGAGGAUGUAUUUGAUAUUAUGCAAGAUUUAUUUAAAGAUACAAAAGAUUUUACUAUUCAAGAAAACAAUAAUACUUGUUUACAGCAAGAAAAGAAUAAUACAUCUGUUACAACGAUCAUAACGAUAGACGAUUGCCCAAUAGAAACAAAUUCCUCUACAGAUAAAUGCAACGACGAUGUUUUUUCGCCAAGCCGCCAAAUCGCAAGUGGUAUUCCAUCGAGAGGUAACUCGGAUCAAAUAUUACUUGCUUUGUCAAAUUUGAAAAAUGACGAUUGUCUAACUACAAGAUUAUUGUCAUCGCAUAUGGAUGAAGAGAAGGAUUUAGAUCUGAAUAAUGCCAUUGUUAAUAGCGUUAUUGAACAAUCAAAUGAUACUAAUAAAACUAGUGAAAACGAGAAAUUGCAACAAAAAGUGAAACUCCAAGAGACUGUCAUUGGACAAUUAACUAAUCAACUCAUUUUGCUUAAGGAUUUGGAGAAAAAGUUGCAAAAUGAAAAUUUUAUGUUCAAAUUAAGAACGAAAAAAAUGGAAAAAAAGAUGAACGAAUUGAAUAAAAGUCCAGAUGGCACACCAUCUUCAACCAACUGUAAACAAAUGGAUAUGAGGCAAAAGUUGAUUUAUGAUUUGUCAAAUAGAAUGAAUAAUUUUGAAGAGAUGAACAAAAAGUUAAUGAAAACUAUAACUAUCGAGUGUCAACAAAAGAGGCAGUUAGAGGGUCAAAUCAAGCAGAGAGAUAAACGAAUAAAAGAGCUCAACUGGAAAUUGGAAAAAGCUUCGAAAUAUCUCGAGCGAGCAGAGAAAAAUACAAAUACAUAUAAGAGGAAAAUGUUGAAUAUGCAAACCUUUAUGAGAAGAAAGAAGCUCUUGGAUGGAAAUACGAGUAGAUUUCACGAAAUAAUGAUAGACAGUAUGAAGGAAGACUAUUCCGAGAGAGUUUUAGGAAUGUCAAUGGAAAUUAAAGAAAUCUGCAGUACGAAUGGAUACAAAAAGUUGUUAAAUUACGGAUUUCCGCUUCCACCAUUGUCGAUUUUGCAAGCUCCCUCGAGUAUUUCAGAAAAUAUUUCAGAUGCCAGUAAAAAUAAUAACAAAAUACAACGAGCGAUCUCUUUAAAACAAAAUACAGACGAACAUGAUACUCAUCAGCCUAUAAAGAAUGACAUGGAAGUUGAUACGAAGAAUGAUGUGGAGCAUGCAACAUCGUUUUGCGAAGAAAUCGUGAUGGAUAGUACAGAAACCGUAACAGGCACGGUUCAAGAUAUUUUCGAGGAAAGCAAUGACGACGUGGACGAUUUCAGUACAAAUGAAUUGAGAGAACAUUUUAUUUCACAACUGAACGCAGUUAUAUAAUUAUCAAUUACAUAUAAAAUUACAUGUAAAAUUAUAUGUAGUAUCUUUUAUCUUUAAAUGUAUAAUAAUAAUAAUAACAACAAUGUACGAGAGAUUUACGAUUUGGAUACAUUAUUGUAUAAUAAUCAUAAAGUGCUAUCGAUACUAUUUAUUGUAUAUAAUGAUAUCUCAUUGUAGUUCUGAAUCUUGUUUCGGAUAACUUUGUGUAUGCGCAAUUACAUGUACAUGUAUAUAUAUUUUUAAAAAUAAUCAGUCUAGUACUUUUGACACGGAACUUUAUAUUUUUUUUAAUGAUAAAUUGUUAUAUUAAACUGUUAUUUACAAA